AUGGAAGUGUCGGCGCGUCGGCUGAUGCCCUCAAAGAGGAAGACAUUGGGGUUGGGCAUCGUUGUGACCAUCGUAUAUGCUAUCUACGUCUACGUCUUUCACUUCAGCUCCACCGCAAGUUGGAUAAUUCAACCAUAUUUGGAUGACACCUACUGCACAUGGAACGACAGCAUUUAUGCGCAUCCAGAUGGUCACUACCAACUGCAUCUGUGUUAUACGAGGGUCUCCAAAGCAUCCAGCCCGGCAGAUACGCCUCUAACGAUAAAGGAGUCCAAAAUUCGAAUCAACGGAAGCAGCAAACGUCUGCGAUUCGAGGACUUGGCAAGCAUUCCUGACGCCGAGUGGUUGCAAAAUUUUGAUCCCAGCGUCUAUCUGCUUUAUCCUCAGUCGAUUCCCGUGAGAGAAACACUGCAGUCACUCAUCGAUGGCAAACCAAUUCCGCAGCCUCCCAUUUACAAUCCAUGGAUUCAAUUGCUUCAAGUACCCUCUAGAGUCUGUGCUCCUCUCACGGCCACACAAGCUACGCUUGGGCCCACAGACACAUCGUCUCUCCCUAACGUGGUGAUUGUCUACAAGUCAGGCGUGUAUAAUUUUGAGGUGAGAAGUAAACUACGCCAACUCUACCGCCUCCACUACCCAGAUAUCAACGCCUACCUCAUUUUCUCCAUCGGCUUGCCACGAACUUUGCCAGGCAACGUAUUCGUACGCGACGGAUUCAAUGUCACUCUCACCAACAGAGCAGGAAACAAACUAAUUGAGCAUUCAAGGCAUCCAUCAAAGACCACCAAAAUGCUUGCCCAGGAGAUGCGGGAGCAUGACGAUCUACUUGUUGGUGACUACGAGGACUCCUACUACAAUUUGACACUAAAACUCUUCCACACCUUCCAGUGGGCUGCUCGACUUUGCCGACCCUACAAACCGAUCUUCGUCUUCCUCGACGACGACUAUGCCGUGAACAUUAAUAAGCUGGGCACCUUUGUUCGUGGCUUGACGCCGCAACUGCAGGAGGACCUGAAUUGCGGCUUCGAGGUGAUGGUGAAUCCCGUCUUUCGGCCCAAUAGUGUUUUUCCACAGUGGGCCUUCUCCAAGCGCGAAAUCCCCUGGCCAAGGCAUACACCACAAUACUUGGGCAUUUUUAGCAUGUGGAGUUACCGCAAUGUCCACGACGCAGCACUGGCGAUGCACUUCACCAAACCCAUGGUAAUCGACGAUACGUGGUUGGGCAUGCUGCAGUAUAAGUUGAACAUCACUUUCUCGAGGCUGGAGGGCAUGUUCCCUGAAAGUGUGCAAAUCCCUCCCCACACAACUUGCUCCGACAUCUUCUUUGCCCUCCUCAGCGAA